AUGUCGGCCGCCGCCUCCACCUUCACGGGCGCUGCCCUGAACGUUCGCCAGAAGGCCGGCGCUCGCCGCGCCGCGACCCGCCAGGUCGUCGUCGCUGCCGCGCCUUCCUACGUUCCCGACAUGGGCAAGCGCAACACGAUGAACCUCCUCCUGGCCGGCGCUGCCUCGCUGCCCAUUGGCGCUCUGGCCGUGCCGUUCGCGCUGUACCUCGCGCCCCCCGGCUCGGGUGGUGGCGGUGGUGCCCAGCCUGCCAAGGACGCCCUCGGGAACUCGAUCAAGUCCAAGUCGUGGCUCAAGGACCACCUGGCCGGCGACCACUCGCUCGCCCAGGGCCUCAAGGGUGACCCCACCUACAUCAUCGUGAACGCCGACGGCAAGAUCGAGGACUUCGGUGUGAACGCCGUCUGCACCCACCUGGGCUGCGUCGUGCCGUGGAACUCGGCCGAGAACAAGUUCAAGUGCCCUUGCCACGGCUCCCAGUACAACUUCCAGGGCAAGGUGGUGCGUGGCCCCGCGCCGCUGUCGCUGGCCCUGGCCCACCUCGAGAUCGACGACGGCGACAACGUCCUGUUCUCGCCCUGGACUGAGACUGACUUCCGCACUGGCCAGGAGCCCUGGUGGUAA